AUACUUUCUAGCAAUCCUUCUGUGGCCAGUCGUAUUGAGUUUCCUGGCACUCAGUUGUCAAAAACCUUGAUGGAACUAUCUUUAGCCAACAAUAAACUUAAAGAGGUUCCUAUGGGAAUUUCUGACCUCAUUAAUUUGAGUUUAUUAGAUUUAAGCGGGUGAGUUUUUUUUUAUUGGCUUGAUCAAGAGUAAUACAUUUUUUUAAAACUUCUUCGAAUUCUAAAGGAAGUCAAUGCCAAGUAAUUGAUUAUGGCUAAAAUAAUAGAUUACCUUUUAUUAAGUAUUAAUUUUGCAAGUAUUAUCAUUUUUUUAAAUAAAUACAUUGCUCAGUUCUCUGACUUCAGAGAUUUUUUGUGUCAUUUAAAUUCAAAUUUUUUUAUUUUAACCAUGAAGAAAGGAUGUAAGGGGCAGACAACCCGAGUUAAACAUUUUGUAGAGCAACACGUUUGGUCUACAAAAAGAACUGCUUAUAGGAACUGCUUAUAGGAACUGCUUAAAGAACUGCUUUCUUUCUAAUAUGGGAUGGUUGAGACUGAUAUGAUGGACAGCAAUUAUCUUAGUUAUUCAAGAAAUGGAGAAGUUACCUUGGAAAAUUGCAAUGGUGCCUCACAAAUUUGCUGUGGCCUCCAAUUUUUUAAAUGUUCUUAAUUUUCUUCAUAAUUCCGAUGAAGGGAGUUCCUACUUCAAUUGAUUUAUAUUGAGUCUGUUACUAACCUUUAAUAAGAACAAGGCACAGUUUUAGCCUGAUUACAUGUAAUCUCUAUUUUAAACUUAAGGUUUUCUAAAAAUGUCUCCCUUAAAUAUGCAGGAACACAGAAUUAACUUCAUUACCAGAAGAACUUGGAAAGCUAAAA